CUUUGGAAUACAAACAACAUGGCGGGAACUGACACAGAUGGGUUAUCCGUGGAUUUAGCAGCUGUUUCACAGAAUAUAAAAGAAUUUUCUGACAAUGAAGUGGAUCAAGCACUGGAGACAUCAAUUGGGGCCAUUUCAAACUCCAUAUCAAAGAAAUUGGGUAUUCCUCCAAAGUUAGCUCAUGAACUCGACCAAUUGGAAAUUGAUGUGGCUAAACUUUCUGAAAAUGUUGCAAGGAAGAAGGCUCACUUAAAACAACUGAAGAGCUGGAUUAGAGAUGACAGAGAUAAAGAUGAGCCAACCUCAGCUGCAGAACUCCACCAAAACAUCCAAAAUCUGGAAGACAUGAUAUUAAGAAUGCAGAAGAUAACUGGUGUCUGUUUUACAGAUCUUCAAGAGGAGACUCUGAAGAAUGAAGAGAAGUUUACACAGAAACAUUUUGACAUCAGGGGAGAAUGCAAUGGUCUGGAGUUUGGACUGGAGUUUGAUACAGAGGAAUCAGUGAUGGAGGAUGAACAUUCGGAAGUUGAAAUAAAAGAAUUUGUUGCGAAUGUUCCACAAGAUGUUUGUUCAGAGCUGGAAAAGCCGCUGGAACGGGUUGUAAAUGAGCAGACCAUUGGAGGAUUUUUUCGAUUGAUUAUGCCAUACUCAAAAUGGGAAUCUCAUCGGCAGAAAUUACUGAACCAUUUUGCUGAAAAGUAUCCUGAUUUUGUGACAGUAUAUACAACAGAGACGAAUCGAGUCCUUGUGAUAUCACAUCCGAAGUACAAACAUAGUCCUGUUCUGAUGAUUAGCUGGGAGUUCAAUACAAAGUCUUUGGACAGAAUAGUGCCGAGGAUCCGACUGGGUGUGGAGGGAACGGAGCAAUUAAUCGACUUGGACAAGACAAAAGCUCUGGAAAAUGCCCCAGAAAAUUUUGAACUUUUGAUUGAAGAGCUUGGAAUAGAGCGAGCAGUGGAAGUGAUGAUCAAUUUAAUUCGAAUGCAAACGGCAGAGACAAGCUUCAGGAAAAAGAAAACCAGCUAGUGUCUUGUGAUAUUAAGUGACAAGAUGUGAAUUGGUGACUACAGGUCAUGUUAUGGAAUAAAUGGGUGUCAUGUGGAGUAAUCGGCUCAAAAAUUAAAGGAGAGAAAACUUUGCUUGAGUGGGUUACAUACUCAGAGUGAUUCAGACUUUUAAUAGUUAUGCAAUACUUUACAUCUUAGGUGUAAAACAAGAUUGUUAAAAUAUUCUGAUGUGAAUCAAUAAAGUUAAUUAUCAGGAA